AUGGUGGCGUAUAACUAAUGCUGGUCGUCAGUGUGGAAAACAGACUUGUUUCACUAAUAAGUAUUCGAGACUUGUAAAGGCUAGAAGCCGUUUCUGGGGAUUCGCGUUCCUUUUAUGGCAGAGGUGUCACACCUCUUUAUCAGUGGUUCGUUCUGCCUCAGCCAGAGAAACUCCCAAAUGCAGUUGUUUACAAAGUUCAACUUUCACACCAUUCUCCAACGAAAAGGGACAUCUUUAGGUACGGACUGAUGAAUAAUUUAAAUAAUCCACCCAACUGGAAUAUCCGUCCAAAUGAUGACGGUGGAGAUGGAAGUAAAUGGAAUUAUGCCCUGUUGGUGCCAAUGCUGGGGCUUGCUGCAUUUCGGUGGAUCUGGUCAAAAGAAUCUGAAAAAGAAAUUACUCAGGCAAAAACGGAGUAUACCCAGAAAGUAUCGAACAUAGAAAAAGAUCUUGAAACCAAAUAUCGGGACAUCAUCUCAGAAAAUCGCCGUACGGUUGCACACUUGGAAAUUGAACUAGAGAAGGAGCAGAACAGAACUCUGAGUUAUCGCAGGGCUCUCGUUUCCCAGAGUCAGAAACUUGUGGAGGAAAGGAAACUUAUGGAGCAAGAGAAAGUCCGACUGAUGCAGGAAAUGCAAGUGGUGCAACAGUCAGGGACCGCUGGAGCCUUGUAUUCGUCCUACCUUGGAAAAGAGGAACAAUGGCGGAUUAAGGCUAAAAGUUUGUUGAGGGAAUUUGAAGAUGACCUUAAAGAGAGACAGAACAUUUACUGCAGCUUGAUGGUACCAAAAGCUAGGAGGCUAGAAUUAGAAAAGAAAAUGCUGAUCAAAGCUGCUACUGAUCCUGUUGCUGUUGAGUUGGACGUGCAGGAUGGCUUGAAUGAUAUAUUUAAGCAUGAUACACACUGUGCUGUCUUGAUGAACACCAAUAAGAGUCAGAAUGGCAAGUUAAUGUGGGUAUAUCUGAGAUACUGGGAGCUGGCAGUGGAACUUAAAAAGUUAAAACAUGUUGAAGCAUCUAUGUUAGGUAAAAAGGAAAUGUAGCUUUUUUGCCAGAAAAAAAAAACGGCAAAAUGCAAUUUUUGAGAAAACCUUGUCCAAUAGUAAUAGUAACCUUGUCCGAUAGUAAAACCGUGUCCAAAGUUACUACAGUUUAUGCUUCUUAUGACCUUGUAUUAUGUUGAAAUAUAAAAAAUAAAUGGUA